GCCUAGCAACACCGAAGCCCAAAUUGGGAUGAUAGUGCGAGAAGCGGCGGAAUGAUGACCCGUCAUCCCGCCCUGUUAGUUAGGGAUAAACUGCCACUACAGCGAAUGAUAGAACAACAUGUUCAGCGAGUUGUGGCAGGGCUCAAGCCACUUGAUAGGAUCGUCCACUACCAGCUUUAACACGUGACAUUGUAACACGCUGAUUCGCUCGUGUUGGGAUGAGGAAGCUAUCCAGCUCUUGAUGCCUCGUGAGUUCUUUGGCAUGCUUAUAAAACUUCAACCUCUUAAACACGAAACAUAUAUGCUAUACGACGAUUUAGAUACAUGAGGACAAAAAGCUGCCGCCGAGUAUCAUUACUUCUACUCUGAUCGCUUCUGCCACGGGCAAUCUAUAAGAGCUUCAAGGAGCUAGCUGAAUUACAACCAGUCCACACUAGAAAGCAAUCACAUCAUGGACAUAAAUCAACAAUUCACUCCGGGAAUGCUGUCAUUCACCGAUCAGCCCGAGUUUGAUUACGCCGCCUUUCUCCAAGCUGACGAUAUCACGUUUGGCGAGGGUGCCCAGACCCAACAGCAAGUACCAUCAGAUUCCUCAGACAAAGCUACCCCACCAAGCACAACAUCAGGGUCUAGUAGUGAACUGGUUGCUCGACCUUCUGCUCAGAAACAAAGACUUGAGCGAAGAGGCCAUACCAAGAGUCGAAGAGGUUGUUACAACUGCAAGAGAAGGCGUAUCAAGUGCCAGGAGACUCGGCCUGCGUGUGGCCACUGCACCAAGACGGGCCUGAAGUGCGAGUAUCCAUCUAUGCCUCAGAUCACACAUCAGCCGCAUCACCAGAUUCCUCUAUUCAGUCUCCAGGAUAUGCGCUUCUUCCAGCACUUUCUGACGCAAUGCUACCCUCAUCAUCCCUUGAAGCAAGAGGAUAUCUGGACCCAUGAGAUCCCAUGCAUUGCCCACAACCAUGAAUACCUUAUGCACGCAAUCCUCGGUUUCUCGGCAUCUGAACUUAUGAGGAAUGACGCCAGUAUUGUUUCGUCAGCCAUGAACCACCGUAUCAAGGCAAUAAGAGCAAUCAAGAAGCGUCUGGCUGAGACUGCCAGAAGCUCAAUGGACUAUGAGGAAGCGAACGCUAUGGUAGCUACCUGUUACGCUCUUACAUUUCAGUCCGUGAGCUUGGAUGAUGGAUUGGCGGAGUAUCUGACCUUCAUCCGUGGUAUCAUGAUUGUGGGAAUGCAAAUGUUGUUCCGAGGUAUAAAACCGAUAUUUGAAAAUAUGAUGGAGCCGGAUCAGGAUGCCUUACUUGAACCCCUAAUGCAGGGCCUCCCACUAAUUCCAAAGGGCUAUACAGACUCUGCGAUGGAGGCUCUUACGAAUCUCAAGCCACUGUGUACGCAGCCAGUCGAGGUUGAGUAUCAUCACCAUCUCGUCAAAAUGGUCGAAAAGCUCUACAUCAACUCGUGGGAUGCAUAUAAAGCAUACACAUCACAAUACGGCUGGUGGAUGUUACUUCCACACGACACCUUCCAAGCUCUCAUUGAUCCCGAUAACCAGGUCAUGAUGCUGCUUCACUCACAUUGGGUCGCCAUCAACGAGAUCAUGUCUCCUAUCACUGGGCAAGAACGAAACGUAUCUGAAAAGUAUCCUCCACAGAGAGAUGGCCAGCCACAACUUGAUCCUGGUUUUGCCCGAUGGCUUAAACAUAUUAAUGCUAAUAUCGACCUUGAGCACCAGAUUUAUAAUCAGUGGCCGAUGUGGGUGGAGGAACAGUUGGAUCAUGAUAUUACCUUCUUUGGAAGGGCUUGAUUAUCGGGUUAUCCUCAGUUAUUCGGUAUAUCAACAGGUGACUGAAGUUUGGAUAUCUCAAUGCCCUUCAUGCAAGGCCUCUUCAUGACUCAUAUUGUAAACGGACUCAACUUUUGCUGUUGUUAUGUCUGAUAGUCACAUGUAUGGACAGUUGAUCUGAACGUUGAUUGGUACGCACAGCCUGAUGCCUUGACUCAAGAUAUCGUGGUCUUGAUGCAAGAAGGACUGUACGUGUCUCAAGAUAGUGUGCAGACACAGUAAGACUCUCUCGAGCAUUUUCAUUGCAAGAGAGGUAGCAUCUGGUACUAUAUGUGCAACUGCACUCUUACCGGUCCUCAAUGCCCGGCGAAGCUGAAGAUCUUGUCAUUCAGCAUGCAGGUUGUUGCAAGAUUUCGAACUGAAAAUCUUCCAGUAGAGAAAAUAUAUCGUGUCCAUGGAUUUGACAGCUCAAGCGACGAGAGUGUUGUCUACCGUUUCAAGUUACG